GUUAACGAGGAAUUGCCCUAUCCCUUCGCAAGCGCUUCCAAGCUCUAGGUCUAGCACUACCACUAGAUUGAUUGAAAAGCAAGCUACCUAUAACUAAGUAGAAGUAGUAGAAGAACAAGAAGUUUUUAGUACGUAUCUAGUUCUAGUAAGAUAAAGAAAAAACGAUACAGACCACGACAGAAAAAGAGGGAAAGGACAUGACAGUCGCCAUCGAUCCCUCACAUAGCAUGGAGGAAGAUCUUCCAGAGUGGCUCCUCGAGACGCAGCGAGGACUUGGGCAGGCAUUGGAUAAACCACGCUUGACCGCUGACAGGCUAAUAAAGCCUCCCUUUCGUUAAGGAAAUUUGUUUUUGUGAUUCUUAGGCCAUCUCGCCUGCUUAUUUUCAGAGGUAUCAGUCGUGAAAAAAGAAGUAUCAUGUACUCAAUUCGUGUUGAUGUAAGGGACCCGUGGUGCAUCUUCCCGUUUUUUGAUCAUCAUGACUGAGCGAACGAGGAGACAAUUUUUUCAGUUUCUAAUGCCCUUUUCUCUUCGACAUAGUCGCGGCUCUGUUUGAGUUAUAUGCACUGGACUGUUUUGAUGAGCUCCUGCCAGCAAACUACACACCGAGUACGAAACAAGAGAAAAUAGAAUGGUAACUAUUUUUGAUGUAGAGUUUAUCUUCUAAUAAGUAAGUAACUUGAACGGACAAAAUACGCACGUUCUACUCUACUUCAUGAUGAAUCGGUCACCCCGUUUGGGCCUCGAUCGUUUCCUCUGAAACAACAAACAUCUUCAAGGUUAACCCAGUGGGCGUCGAUCGUGUCGUCGGAGCUUGGGGAAGGCAUCGAGAUCAGUGCUUUGAAGGUAGUAUGCGGACACGAACCAGAGAGGACCAAUUUUUUGCUCCAAAAAACAUGGCAACUAGUCCUUCAGAGAGCAGAACCGAAGUUAAGACAUGAUCGACGGACAAUUAUUGUAUCUUAAACAAGUCUUGCAGAACAUCUUGGUCCUCCCUACUUUUGUUAUUUGAACAGGGAAUAAAACGGGUUGGAUCAAAUGGAUAGAGGCGGGUUGGAUAGAGGCGGGUGCUGGAUCAAGAAGAUAGAUGUAACAUCUAUGAAUAGAUAGAUGUAACAUUGUUCCUGAACAAUAGAUAGAUUUUCAUCGGUAGAAGUUCUAACGAAGAGGCAGAUGAAUGCAACUUCAUCGCUGUUUGGUGUAACUGCAGAUGGAGCUGGAGGAGUGGAGAUGCCGCAUAGUACAGAGCCGGCACCGGCAGGAGGUACUUAUAUCAAGACAAGAACUUCUUGAUGAUCAUGAUCUUUGACACAAGGACCUCGAUGUUGACCGCAUGUGAGAGUAUGAUGUCUAGGCACAAGUAGAACAUUUAGACCAGGAUUUUUCUCGUUGCACAACCGUACUUUUUUUUCAAAAAUGCCGCCAGUGGCAAGGCCUGGCGAACUCCCCUACGCCUUGGACGCUGCGCGGCCGUGGGCCAUCGGCGCCGUCGAUAUCGACAGCGAAGCACCUCCCAAGGCGAACCGGCCCGCCAUGAAUGAUAGCAAACCCCGACCAAACGGCGGAGCGAGCCAAGGGGUACGCAAGACGGGUCCAUCUUGAAAAAAGCAGAGGCGACAAAAAUGGGGGUCAUUUUGCACCCCAUUUUUGAAAAUAAAACGUCGACACUUUUUUCGGCAUUAAAACGGCCCCCUUCCGUGGGGCCUGGGGGGGUACAGCAGGCGACACUUUUGGCCCCAAAAGUGUCGCCUUUUGUACCCCCUCGUUUGGGGGGUCAAAGUGGACCCUUUUUGCCACCCCUUUUGACCCCCUCCCGAGCCUCCCAGACCAGAGCCUCCGAAGGGAGGCGGCUCCUCUGGGGACGCCUACGAAGUCCACUGGUUGCCAUCCCAGACGAGGGGCUCCGGCUCCGCGGGUCCACUGCGAGUCUGGCUGAGUGGCGACGUCGGUCCAUAGAGAAUUGGGCCCCCUUAGGCUAGCCAGAAACGAAAAAAGAAAUAAGGUCGUGCAACGAGAAAAAUCCUGGUCUAAAACAUAUGCGGCUGCAUCAUAGGUAGGUGUAUUCACAAGUAGAACAUAUGCGGCAUCAUAGGUAGAAAAUGGUCUUGAUCACGACUGUAAUGGUCUUGAUCACGCUCGACUGUCAGGUGUCGUAAAGCAACUGGAGCCCUCCGCUGAUUUCAAAGCUGCGCUAGCCGCCAUGACUGCAUAUUAUGACUUUUCGAGUCUGUGACUGGUAGUGGACAACGUGAAUCCAUACCCCAUCUUCCUGAUGAAAAAAUUUACUUAUACAAUGAAAAAACUACAACUACUUGGUCGUGAUCUAGAUGAAGUACUUAACAGUGAAUGGUUCCGGUAUUUGGUAACCUGAAUUUGAUCCUACGGGAAAACAAGAGGAGAACCCUUAGGAUCAAACUCAGGCAACCAAAUACCAGAACCAUACAAACAGGGUUGUCGUAUUCGCUCCUCCUCAUCCUUCUCCUCCUCCUCAGUCGCUACUUCUAACCCUCCAACCGAGACUGGUUGGAGAGCGACGAGUACAAAAAGGUUCAGAAAAUCGAGGUUCCGAUAGCCCUAGAUGAGGAUAGUGAUGAGGAAAUCGGCGCGUGCUCUCCUGUCGGCGGUCGAGACGGAGACGGUGCAGCUGAACUGGAUAACGAUAAGCUGUUUGGAGGCAACUCGGAAGAAAGGGAUAGCAAUGAGGACUAUGGUAUUUUUGUUUCGUCAUUUUGUUGUUUUAUUUCAUUUUUACCAACUUGGGCGUAGUUCAACAUCUAGGAUUUGCUACCUUUCUCUCCUCUUGUUGGUUUCUUCAUUCAGCUACAUCAAUAUCUGACAUCAACAUGUUUUUCACUCAUGAUCUGUCUGGUGUCAUUGUCUCCCGUAUGUUACAAUCCUACAACUUGUUCCCCUACCUCUCUACUUCCAGAUGUCCUCGACGACGCCCAGCUUACGAAGCGUGAACAAGCCAAGAUAAAGGCCAAGGAGGAUCUCGAGAACGAUGAGAAAUUUUCGAAAAUGAAAAACCUGAUGAACGACAUCGAUGCUGCACUAGGCGAAGAUGAUGAUAGUCCUAGUCCAGCACGUAGAGGUGGAGAAAGAUCGAAAGAGAUGCGAUAGUACUUAAAUGUGCUUUCUUUGAUGUUUCUUUCUCUUGAUGUUUUUUAAGCUUUUUAUUUCACUUAUGAAGAUAUUACUCUUCCCCCCGGAACACAGUGAAGUUACAUCUGGCGGCCCUUGAGUAGAAGAUACCCCCUUACUAUGUAAGUGGACUGGUGCAACCGGGGACUCUCCGACACAAUUCAGAUAGAAAGUACAACCAGUUGUAGCUUCUAGUUCUAUCUUGAAACAACAAGAACAACUCAUGUCUUUUGUCAAGAAAUUAUAACGUCUUUUGUCAAGAAAUCAUGUCCUAAACCAAAUUCAACACAUCAGUGUCGGUCCACCCGCUGGUCACAUGCCCAGCAGCUGGGCUAUGGACGCGCGACCCUCGAGUCGAGUAGCCGGAGACGCGAGAGGUCGUCAACGUGCUGCACAGCUACAGCAAUACAAUUUACGGGUAUUUCUCUAGUACCCAUUUAAGGAUGAAAUAAAAAUCAUGACUUAAAUGCAGCAGAAAAGCAAGACGAAAAAAUACAACAACAAGUACCCGCUAUGAGAUGACGGAACCCAGAUCGAUGAAGAUGUUUGAAUCCUACUAAUGAUCCUAUCACCAUCUAAAACACUCUUCGCCUGCUAUCUCUAAUCAACCAGAGUGAAGAAGGUGGUUCUUCUUCCUCGUCGGAUGAAGAUGACGCAAAUAACCGUCAUAAUCGAAGCAGAUCUCCUGAAGCACCUCCACCAGGAAGGAGUAGCAUAGUUUCCUCCGAGGCUCACGACGGACCGCAGGUUAUGUAUUUUCAGCAUGACACAUCUUCACCAGGAAAUCGACGUGGUCAAAGUGUUAAGGCUGAAUUUUUUUAUAAUUAAUACCAUCUAAGUACGUUGAGAUUGACAAGCAUCCUUUCCGCUACCUCCGGUUCUUCGAAGGCGGGGAAAAUAGGUCCACAGAGUAAAAAUAUAUCUCAACUACACAGAUGCAUAUGCUACAACGAGAAGACCCACUCUAAGAGUGGUCGCAACAGGUAUGGAGUUGGUAGUGGAGGCAUAUCUGGAGAGGGAGCUUACGGAGGAUCCGAAUUCGAUCCGCCAGAGGAACAGUUAAUGCGUGUACUAAUAGUACUCGUUCUUGCUACCCACUCGUCCUCGUCAUGAGUGGGCCACGUUGAUUGAACUGUGUGUAGUACAUAGAGAUAGAGGUUGGUACUUUUAUUGAAGAGCAGUGAACACAUGAUCAUCUGUUCAUCUUGAUCUUCAGUUUAUUUUUGAGGUGGACCACUUUUCUGUGAGUCCUGAUAGAUACGAUCGUGACAGCCUCUAACAAAACAAAAGAGCAAGAAUAAGGUGUAUCCCAAGAGUAGGAGUGCUGGCGGUGCUCGCAUGGUAGCUGGCGGCUCAUCUUCCUCGUCUGCCACGAAUAUCAAUGCACCAGAUCAUAACGACCUUGGUGCAGUUGCACCAGGUGGAAGGACCUGCUCCAUGUUGGCCAGAGGAGGCGGCGGCCAUCACUAUUCCAGCGAUGAAGAUGAAGAUGGGCUUCUUCAUGAUCGAGCAGGAGGACAGCCACGCGGUAAACCUUCAGCUUCCACUGGAGGACAGUCUUUUCCUCAGUCCAGAACACGUGUCCGGGCACGCAUGGUAGCGGAGAGCUUCCAGCCAGACGAACAAGGGGAAGACGAUGAAGAAGAAGUUGUAAAUGAACAACAUAACAAUGAACAACAACUACUGGCACAAGAACAGGAGAACGAAGUAGAUCCACAUAUAGCUAGUGGUGAAGAUGAACAUGGACAAAAUGAACAUCAAGCUGUGAAAAACAGUGACGAAAAUGAAGAACCAGGCGCAGCGGAUAAAAAUGCACUAGAAAACUCUGAAAACUCUGAAGUAGGACAAAAUCAAAAAUCUGAGAAUACAACAAAUGAAGAAGACAUAAAAAUGAAGCAAUCUUCAAGCACUGGAGAAGAUACUAAUGUCGCAGAAGCUGGAGGUGGAAAAGCAGACGAAAAUGGGAACCAUAACGAUGAACAGCAAGCAGGAGAAGUUGACAGGACAUGCUCCGAAGACAGAAGUAGUCCUAUUAAGGUCACUCCUUGCUACUUUUCUUUCUGCAGACCAAUCAAUGAUCUGGAUUGAUGAAAAACCUCCACUACUACAAACUUAUUGUUCCGCUAAUAUGCAGGUAGUUCUACAAAGAGCUCAAUCUUGUUCUGCGUAAGAUGAAACGAGGUGCACUCUUUAAUCUCAGUGACGGCGAAUCUACUGAUAUUGCGGGUGGACAGGCAAUGCUGCAGGAUUUGCGGGUUGGGUUAGAAAACUGGGUUCCGUAUUUGGCUAAUGCACCCGCCUCAGCUUUGCGUGCAAGGAGUGGGAAGAAAGACUUAUGAUAGUGAGAAUUGCAUUUACAGAUAGACUUCCAAGAGUCCCAACGAAUAGCGAAGACAGUGAGUAGAUUGAGACCUAAAAAUCCUGUUGAUGAAUCAUCAAGGAUCGAUGAAUUACUUGGACAACUAGAGCUUCACUUUUUUUCGUAGUAGAACAGCAUGUUGUAGUGGUAUAUUUUCGUUUUCCCUUGAGCUUUCAGAAUAAUAAAUACUGGUUAGAAGUUGAUGUUCAUGUCGUAACAUGAUGAGACCAUAUUGAAGAUGUUGUUCUCCCUUACCGAUAUCCAGAUUCUAAAUUAACACAGCAGCUGCAAGACCUCCACUCAGCACCAGCAGGAUAGCAAUGUAGCGGGACGAGACGUAGUUUCGUUGUUCCAAAUAAUCCUUUGUGCUGUGGGCGCCGACAGUGAGCCAGUAGAAAGAUUCGGGGAGCCAGGAUCUAUAGGCAGUCUAGCCGAAGAUCUAAGCGAGAAACUACCUAACGAUUGGGCGUUUCAUUUAUGGCAAGUACGUGUAAGCGGUAGUGGUUACAGCAUUGAUCUACUCUCUCUUAAUCCUAACUUUAGCACGUAGUACUUGCAAGAUUGAUCUUAUACUUCUCUACAGUUGUAUCUACUUUUACCUGAUCUGGAUUUUUGGGCACCAUGCCAACAUUUAUUCGAGCGUAACAAGAACCACCAGAGAUAGCAAGCACUUCUCUACAGUUGUAUCUACAACUUUUACCUGAUGUGGAGGAUUUUUGGGCAGCACCAUGCCACUGAUCUGGAUUUUUGGGCAGCCAUAUAUUCUAAGACUAAGUAAUCUUUUCGAUCAUCUAUUUGUAUCUACCUUUGCCUGAUCUGGAGGAUUUUUGUGCACCAUGCCAUAUAUUCUAAGACUGUAAGUAAUCUUUUCUUUUCGAUCAUCUCCUAAUUGUCCUGAUGACCGAGAAGCCGAGUCAGUUGCUCCAGAGGUACGAUUUCGACGAGGUUGUGGAAUCUUUGCAAGGAAUCCUCCAGUUGCAACCUCCAUCCGCCUUGUACGAAAUCUAUCCGCCUUUACGUCCCGAAGAAGACGAGCAGGACGAGCUAUAUCACGAACCUCUGGCCAGUGAAAUCACACAAGCGGGACAGUUUAAUUAUUAUGAAGGUGAAGGAAUUUGAAAAUGUUGAAAUUGCGUGGCUAGACUCACGGAUGAAUAUGUAAUAUCGAUGUUUUUAGUCCUUGAAUUAUGAUAGAUUAACAUUAAGAAUAAGAUGAAUAACUUGUUUGAUGAUUUCAUUUUUCUGAUCUUUCCAUCCUCUUUUAUGCGUGUUCUUUUUGAUUAUAAGAUUUAAAGCAGGAAUAGAAGACUAGAGAUCAUUAGUCAAACGCCGUCUAGUCCUUUCGACAUUCGUAGAAUUAGUUGGUCUACUUGUUGUUGUAAGUCUAGAAGAUCAGCAUCCCUCUUUCACUAUGUUCGCGGACCGAGAGAGGACACUGUCGGGUAUUCGCGCUUCAACUCGACGGCGGCGAGCAUACUACGAGGAUGAGGUGGAAUCGUACUAGGUGAGCAGAUCAUUCUACUGCUAGAGAACACGGUAGUUAACGCUAACAAGCUACAAUAUCAAUACUAAACUUUUUGCACCAUUGCCUUGCUACUUCAGAAGAAUAUUCAUCAAAAUUCCAAAAAAUGCAUCAAUAAUUCAACAUUUUCAUGAAUGAGAAAAACGAGCAUCAAAUUGACCUUGGUCUUCAGUCAAAGAUUGCUGGGAGAGGGA